AUGUCUUACCAACAGCAGCAGUGCAAGCAGCCCUGCCAGCCUCCUCCUGUGUGCCCAACUCCAAAGUGCCCUGAGCCAUGUCCUCCUCCUAAAUGCCCUGAGCCUUGUCCUCCUCCAAAGUGCCCAGAGUCUUGUCCUCCUCCGAAGUGUCCAGAACCUUGUCCUCCUCCCUCAUACCAACAGAAAUGCCCUCCUGUGCAACCUCCUCCAACCUGCCAGCAGAAGUGUCCACCAAAGAGCAAGUGAGGACUUCAGCACUCAUCAGGACAAGGGGAAGAGAAGAGAAUCUGUCUCAUGUACUUGCAAAGGAACACCUUCCUCUUCCCUCCAUAGUCUUUCAUGAAUGCAGAGGAAUCUUGUAAACUUUUCCCUCUCCAUGUGCCUGUGAUGACCCCUUACACAGUAGAUUUCCUGUUUUUGGUAUCAAGAGCCUGCUGAAAAUGAUCUAUCCUAAGUGAUUCAGUGUUCCAGAUACUCAGUGGGAAGUGUAGCUCUCAUCUAACCUGUGCACUUAGAAAAUGUUUCUCAAGAUGUCAGUCACCUUAGUUGUAGUGCUGCCACUGUGAUUCCUGAAUAAAGUACAAUCUGUUGAAUGGUA